AAGUCAUCGAAUUAUCGAUGAGCGGGAGUUAUGGUCAGAAAAUAGUUGUGUUCGUGGUUGAGCGGGAAGACAGCGUAUCAUUUCAGUAAACCAACUCCAGUGGAAAUGGAAACGCCUCAUUUAAGAAUAGCCGUAUUUAUAGACUGACUGAAGAGGCAGAGAGCGAUUGGGACAGAUUCAUUUACUCUAUGUCCAAAUCACAACACAACAUAAGUAACUUCGCAGCAAAGCUCGUCAGACUGUGGAAGAGGCUUAAGUUGGGGAAAAAAAUAAAACUUUACAGAGAGGAACGACCCCCGGCCCGCAUCAGAAUGGAUAGUGAAGAAAGGACCUAUGGCGGUUGUGAAGGACCGGAAGCCAUGUAUGUGAAGUUGAUUUCUUCAGAUGGCCAUGAGUUCAUUGUGAAAAGAGAACAUGCAUUGACAUCGGGUACUAUCAAGGCAAUGCUGAGUGGUCCAGGUCAGUUUGCCGAAAACGAAACCAACGAAGUCAACUUCAGGGAGAUUCCCUCACAUGUUCUCUCCAAGGUCUGCAUGUACUUCACUUACAAGGUCCGCUAUACCAACAGCUCCACGGAAAUCCCCGAAUUCCCCAUCGCCCCCGAGAUUGCACUGGAACUGCUCAUGGCGGCUAACUUCCUCGAUUGCUAAAGUUACUGAGUUUAUGCAGUAGCCUAUAACACUUUUAGAUGGUUUUGAAUAUUUAACUUGUUUUGCCAUAAAACCAUGGAAAACAUUUUGUUUUUGCAUCAGAAUAUCAAGUCAUUGUUUUGAGUAUUAAAGGAUUUCAUUUUAAUAUGAUGUAUGAAUAAGGCAGAUUGUGUUUAUUCCAAGAAUGUGACAAACCUGUCUCUGCUAACCCCCAUUUUCCCCAUUAUCCCAUGUGUUAGUAAAGACCUGUUUGAAUUGCGUGUCAAAAUGGUGUCUUUUCAUACUCAUUCGAAAG